AUGCAGGAAGAUCCGACCUUACAGAUUCAUUUUAAAGGCCACCGGGGUGCCAUCACAAAUGUCAGUUUCAAUUCGAAUGGCAAACAACUGGGUAUAUAUGUGCAUUUUGUGACGUUUAUCGGUUUAGCCACAUCGUCCAUGGACUCCUCAUUGAUGAUAUGGAACAUCAAACCACAGACAAGGGCAUACAGGUUCUUAGGUCACGAAGAUGCCGUGUUUUGCGCAGUUUUUUCCCCGAAUGGCGAGAUUGUGUUGUCAGCCUCCAAGGAUAGAACUGUCAGAUUGUGGAUUCCCAGCGUGUAGUGCAUGCGUUUGUUCUAACUUAACUUCAGAAAAGGCGAGUCAGUAACUUUUCGGGCUCAUUCGGCUGCUGUUCGGUGGGUCGAUAUAUCCUCGGAUAAUAUGCAUCUUUGUACAGCCUCCGCUGACAAGUCUGUAAAGGUUUGUAUACGGUGUGCCUGAACCUUCGUUAGGUGUGGAGCAUUCAUAGGCAAAAGUUUGUUUAUUCCCUCAACAAACACGUUAACUGGGUUCGAUGCUGCAAGUCCGAUGUCUCUCUUUUUAACACCUUAAUAGAUAUUCACCCGACAGCCAGCUGAUCCUGUCAAGUUCAGAUGACAAAACGAUUCGCCUAUGGGAUUGUCGAAACCAGGAUUGCGUUCAAACUUUUACUGAGCAGGGUGGUUUUGCAGGCCAUCUUGAUUUCCAUCCCAGUGGGAACUGCUUUGCUUCUGCUGGCACAAAUUUUUCGGUCAAAAUUUGGGACCUUAGGAUGAAACGCCUACUUCAACACUACAAUGGUAUGCUUAUUUUUUACCUCUUCGUGGGUGCAUACUAAUUGAUCCGGAUUGAUUCUCUGCGACUUUUAAGUCCCUUGAAAAAUGAAAUAAUUCCGUGUAGUGAACCUUGAAUAAUCAGCAUAAGAUAUCACGUAUUAUUGCAACUUAGCGCGCAUUAACGGACACGCCCUAACAAAAUCAGCAAGAACAUCCUACGAACGAAUACUUUAAAACUUUAAAAAGUGCCUUUUAAUUUCUCUCGUGCCAAGUGACUGGAAAGUGCUCGACCUUCUACAUUCCUUUGCUAUCCGUAUACUUCGCGUAAUUGCUGACCGAAAUUAGGAUUUCUCUUCGUCCUGAAUAUCAAGGCAUUAUGUAGUACCGGCUGAACCUUGGUCCUUGCACAUAAUAUGCAAAAUGCAUUCCGUCUGUGCACAGCUAUUCAGAAGCACCAAAGGCUAUUUUAAUCUUUCCUAUUCCUCCACGACAGAUUUUUUUGUGUAUACUUGCGAAUGCUUUUUACGUCACUAUCGUGAGAAUGACCGCUAACUUACUUCACUUGUCCGUUGGCAUGAAGUCGCUGACAGUAAUAACCUGGCGAAUAUAAUUAUAUCGUGAAGUUUGCUGAUUACAUAACAACAUGCUCCCAUAGAGAAUUAGGUUUUGUCGCUGGGAAAAAGACGAUUUCGACAUCAGAAAAGAGGAGGGAGAACAGAUACUACGAUUAGUGUAUGACUUCUCCCAUUUCCUAUAGUCGACUUUGAAAAGUGAUUGCCACUUAUGAUGCCUUCAUCUGUGUAACAGACCAUACCUCAGCCGUGAAAAAGGUCAGUUUCCAUCCGAGUGGGCACUAUCUCAUUUCGGCCUCGGAGGAUUCGACGCUGAAAAUCUUCGAUCUGCUCGAAGGUCGACCUUUGUACACCUUGAAUGGUCACAGAGGUGCCGCUACUGCCGUCGGGUUCUCUUCAACUGGCGCCCUAUUUGCCUCUGGUGGCGCCGAUGAGCAAGUAUGUGUUGUUUUAUUGCUGUUCUGGUUGACAAACCUUUGUUCUCUGCACAGAGUAAUCAUACAGACAUGCCAAUCACCGCAUACACCUUUGUAAGCUAUCUCUAAGUUCGCAUAUUUCUCCCGAGGAUUUAAUAUGUCGCCAAUGAAGAUAUUGACAACUGGAUCAGAAGAUUUGAUGAGUUGGUGUUAUGAAAUUCGAAAAAUGUUUUCUUUGCUAAUUGGAAAAUUGGGCGGCUCAUGACGGUCGUGUAUUGUUGCUGUCAACUGUUUUUUUUUUAAUGUCUGAAUCGAAUACCCCGGAUGUCGAAAUAACAUUUCGUGUACUUUAUACGCCUAUUAACCUCAUUCAUGAACUUACUUUUUUCUCUCUGCAAUCAUUCAGACGCUGUUGUGGGUCAUAACCACUGUUGGCGCUUGCGUCCCGCCGUUGAUAUUCCUGUCGGUGCUCGGACCCUACACCUAACAAUAGCUGCAGUACAUAUGACGAAGCCGCUUUCCAGGAAAGCACAAUGAGUAGAAAGGUAUCUGUUACUGAUUGUUGGCAUUUGAGAAGAGCGGUCCGAUGUGAGCGACCUACCAAAUCAGCCACCGGAUGUUUCUUCCGCCGCCGGUGACGAGAACAUCACCGGCCGCCGAAGGAGCAGUUGUCACUUGGACGUUAAUUAGAUUUUAGUCAGAGAGAAGGGAUUGCGCUCUAUCUACCUCAUUCUCGUCACAUCCACUGUUUUCCAAUGUCGAUACAAACUUCAAAGCGAGCGGGGGUGAGCAUGAGCUAGGUGACUGACUGGACGUGAAAUCCUCGUCUACGAGUGUCAUACAGGUGCUGGUUCCUGCACCCGUAAGAACCGAAUUCCCAUUUGUUGAAUCUCGAUAGGGCGAGGGUAACCAUAGAUACCACAGCAAGGAAGAACCACUGUAGCUGGAUGCUCAGUUCGAGAGUGGCGACCUCGCCGUCAUUUGGCAAUCUCCCGGGUCACUACUUUUGAUUCGUCAUGAUAGGUUAGGGGCUCGUGAUGUUUAAUGUGGGAUUGGUAAAUUCGAGUUAGAUUGACUGGGUGUGCAUCUGGGUGCAGUGAAUAAAGUGACCAAAAAGCCGCCUCACCAAAUGAUGAACUCCCAUAUUCUGUUGAUUAAGGAAAACCCACCCCCCGAUUUUAUUAACUUAUACUGGCUUAUGGUAAAAGAGGAAGUCGGACGACCGAGUGUAUUAGUCCGAUUCCGCAUGGACGAUGUCGAAGCCCACUACCUUGUUCACUGAAUGCGACUGAACUUUUACUGUGCCCUCGGUCAUAAAACUGUACCUGCCGUUAGCAACCUACCUCCAUGCCUCCAGUUGACUUCUUAGCUGUUCUCUGACAACUUACUAUACGCGUGCUAUCUUGAGCCCUAUGAUCCAGUCGCCAGCUUAGCCACCGAUAAUGAUGAGGAUGACGGAGGCGACUCCACGUUAUUCGACGUCUAGAGACAGUUCGGUCGAACGGGCUGUUUCUCCCAUUUUAACAGCUGAUUCUAUCCGCUUGCAUUAUGUCUUUGAAAAACUCCAGCUCUCAGUUAUUCGUCGGACUGCACUGUGGCGUCUUGUUAUUAUUCUUGGCUAAGUUUGGUUCGGUGAAGCCCACAUGCUAGUCAUUCCCAUGCGAGUCCAACUUAGGUGCGGUGUCAAGACAAGAUCCAUUCUAGCUGAGGAUGAGCCGGUGAGAAACACGCCGACAAACUGUUUCCGCUUUGGUCCCUUUUGGAUUCCAUCAUGACAGUCGUCAGCAGGCAGUCUUAUAUUGCAUAAUCUUGGUUGCAGUUUUUGACUACAUCCAUUCCGAGUUUGUGUUGCAGCUGAUGAAGUUUGACUGUAGACUGAGCAAAAUUGUUUUGUAUAACGCAAGCUCGGCUUGCCGUCGUGUUCUUGGGUACAUCAACCUCUUACAACACGACGCUCGAUAAGGGGUAGCCUGUCACCCAUCCGUGAACAGGCUUUUCAUGCCUUUGAGAACACCGAGCUUGCACUUGGCUGCCGGAUGUCCGACAACGCUGACGACGUAGCCCUACCGUUGUCAGGGUGGGCUAGUGUGGCAAGUUAAUUUUUCGGCUAAAGCAGAUUCUCAACUCGACGAAAACACAAGUUUUCACACGAGGCAUCCCUGACCAGUACAAGAAACCCCCUGUUAAUAUCGGCCUAACGUCUAACAAGACCCGACAGUUUAAAAUAGUUCUGGAACGACUUUCUGCAGGCAAUUUUCGUGGGCCAUAUCUCCGGACCCGUUAUAAAAUGUAUUUUCCACGAAGGCCACGUGUAGCUGGUAUCACCUGCUCGGCUAUUUCUCCGUGGCCGUAUGUAGAAAACGACAGAAUGUAUUUGGCCACUGCUACUCGAGACACACCUGGUUUCACUUGCGACAGUCAGCGCUCGUGGCACUAGUACAGAAUCAUCUCAAAGCGUCUAAAAGUGGUCAAACUGGUCCUGACUUGUUUUCCGUUUCCACUCGAGUGAUCUCGAUGCCAUUGCCCUAAAUCGCAUAGGCCUGCACACCGAGAGUGACACUGAGGUGAUCGACAAGAAAAUCCGGCCAAAAUUGGUCGGGUUUUUGAGCUCUUAUUUCGGCCGUCGUGUUGGAAAGAACCGAGUUCCUAAGCACCUUCACCGCAAGCCCAAAUAAGUUACAAUGGCGAGGCUGUUCAUGAUUGGGACUUUAUGAGGUGCUAGUAUACCACCUCCUACAGUUGAAGAGGUUUUUGUAAAAUCAGUUGGUAAGCAGUUGGUUUGUACUCUCGGUCCUCAUUAAGAAGGACUGCAUAAGGAGGAAGAGGUGUCUGUAGUACCAUACAGUGUGGAGAGUCACUAAGUGGCCCUACAACCACACCCCGAGAGUUUUUCGACUUAUCUUUUGUGGGGGCUUCCUGCUGUCCUAGUCCGAAUGCUCACGUUUUCAAAUCAUAGUCCACGUCAGUCAGAUUAUUCUGGCGCCAGGUUACCUGAGUUAUAUCUUAUGGUAGAAGGUGCCUCCGCGUUUAGUUUGUGUGUAUACCACCGUUUAAACAGCAUAUGCGCACGUUUUGGACCUUAUUCUUCAUUCCACCCAACCCCCCACCCUGCCUGCAUUUGUUGGUAAUCUGUUGUUGUCGAAGUUACUAAGGCCGUCUGCCUCCUUAUGGAUGUCAAUAGCACUAAUGAGAGGCGGGGUUUGUUUAAUCCAAUCGCAUAACCUGGUCUUUGGCUCGGACAGCGCAAAAUGCUCCCUUAGGUGGCGUAGGCUCCUUUUCAAGUUACGUUAGUUUAUUGUAUUGUCCGCCCCCAAAGCGGAUUGCGCUGGAGGUGCGCUGAACCAAAACGGCGGCUAGACUGUCUCACGGUACGCGCCAAUCGGGCAGCGCGGAUUCCAUGUGAAGCCACAACUUCUGCCGUCCGUGGGUGGUGCGGAGGUACGCCUAGGCGUUGACCACGUCGCGUCAGCCACUGUGUCCAAUCCCAAUGCCAACGAGUUGGCGCGUUCGAACAGUCGACUGGUGCAUAGGAGAGGAAGGAAUGAGCGAUACUGACACAUAGUCGUAACUCUUACUAGUGUAAAUUUGGCACACUUUAAUCUCCCACGAAGCGCCCACAGAAGGUUGUUAACGGACGAGAGAACUCAGUUCUCAGGGCUGAGAGUCAGGCUGCAGUGCCCCCUUCAUGUGACCUCCAGGACACUCUUAAGCAUGUGAACACCGAGCGGCCCUUACAGCAGACCGACACAUUCCUCAAGGAUCAGGUUGUGUGUGGCGCGCGUAGACGGUCUGUUUAUCCUUGUCAGCCACUGCGUCCGAGCCCACCUCCGAGGCAGGAGAGAGUGCGAUAGAUACCUCGAAAGUCCGCCUCACUGUGAACUAAUUCACGCUCAAGCCAUCCUCCUGCACCCAUUCUCCGUAGGGCACGGGGUGGUUAUCCUCGUCGGCGACGGUCGGACAGUGGGUGUGUUGUAGUAGCGGCAGUCCAGCUUACUUUCAGCCUCAACACCUAGCUGAUACGGUUCCAAAUUCUUUAGGUUGUUUCAAGUAAAGCCAACGACACGCAUUCGAGAUGAGUGUUAUCUCUUGGAGGUCAACUUUGCGAUGACUGGGUGUCGGCCAACCAAGUACCGAAAAACCCAGCCGCCUAACCACGAACAGUCAAUAAUUGACCGAGUACUUACUUGUACUUGAUACGGCUGUGAUCAUGCCUGAUUUAGCCGGCCUCGAUGAUGUCCUAAACUGUACCUCUGCACGCGUGACGAUCCGCGGCAGCAGAUCUGGACAGCUCAAUCCAUUCUCUUCGCCAACGACGUAGACCGAAUACUGAAGGUCCAAGAACCACCUCCAUGUCUUGACGAACUGUGUCGAGACAGGUUUUGAACUGACGCCUCCAAUGGGGUAACGGUGCCGGACCGAGGGCAGUAACACUGAGCUCCUGAGGUGGACGACGAAGAACAUGCCCGAACCACUUCAGUCGUCUUUCUUGGAUGGCCUGAGUUAUCCUUGCGAUGUUGUCGCAGCGAGCGCGGACUGUCUCAUUUGAGACGAAGUCGGUGAACUUGACUCGAAGGAUGGUCCUCAAGCAGUGGUGGUCAAAUGCCUCCAAUUUUCGCUCGUCCUCCGCGCGCAAAGCCCAGCAUUCUCAACCGCAGAGAAGGACAGACCGGACAGAUGCACAGUACACGCGAAUCUUAGUGGCGAUGGUGAGGUCACGUCGGAUCCAAAGGCAUUUCCGAAGGCUUGAGAAAACCCAGUGGACAGCAUCGAUUCGGGAGACAAUGUCCUCCUUACCCUGUCCAUUAGGCAGCAGCCUAGCCCCAAGGUAUUUAAAACUGUCUACUUCUUCAGGUUGACAGCCAUCAAUCCCGAGGGGUGCCUUCUCCUGGUCAGGGAUGCAGCCCAUAAGUCAAAUAGCUCAACUUGAGCAUGCUAAGCUCAAAGGGUAUCUGGAACUGGGCAUGGCUGACUGAAGAUUACAGUGGAACCAGUAACGACCACUCAGUUUGUAGCUGCCCUGUCUUCCAGCCAAUUUUAAUGAGGGAGUGCAUUCGUUUUCAGACGCUCAGCAUUUCCUGUGAAAAACCAUUUUCCAAAUGCCCUGUCCCAUUGACGGCGCAUUUCAGCGGGAGAUUGGACAGUCGACGCCAGUAUAUGUGAGAAACAUCGGCAAAAUCGUACUUGAAAUAGGAAAAAACGACCGUAACUGAAUUGAGACGAAGGAAUAACAGCUUAAUUUUAAGGCCCCGCGUUCGAACUCUUAGUAAAAUGUGAAUAUUUCCUCCAACUGAAUUGGCGGAGAGCAGGAUUUGGUAAUUUCGAAAUCAAUGGUAGGGAGCGCUCACCGAUAGUUCUUACGGAACUCACUCGUUCCGUUGUACCUUACGGGCCCUCUCUCGAGCCCAACCAGCAGCCGCACAGCGGCGCAUGAUAUAGGCAGUAUGGUAUUACCAAGAAAGACAAGGGAGACUGGAAUGGCCAUUUCUGGCUUAUCAGCUCUCAUCAGCCAGUCAUACCAAACCCCGAAGUGUGGAACGCCCGAGGUUCGAACUCGCGACCUGUUAGUUGGAAGUCCACGCCUCUAACCACUGGGCCACGAGCCCGUUGUCCAGUCGGUUUCGAUCGGGAAUAUACAAUGGUUAGAGGCGUGGACUUCUAACUAACAGACCGCGAGUUCGAACCUCGGGUGUUCCACACUUCGCGGUUUGGUAUGACUGGCUGACGACGGCUAAUAAGCCAGAAGUGGCCAUUCCAGUCUCCCAUGUCUUUGUCGGCAGCGACAUUCCGCCAAUUUGAAAAUCGUCCCCAUAGUAGCAAAGCAGGUUUGGAAACAUAUUCGAGAGGCAACAGGGUGUCUUUUUGACAUAAAGGGAGACUCGCUGCCUCGUACACCCAAUAUUUUCAAGAGAAUGUUAACUUCAAUGCUGAAGUAUGCUCUCGGCUAGAAGGGGGCCUCUGGGGUGAGCCUGUAAUAUUGACUAUCACGUUAUCAUAAUCCCAAGACGUUUAAGUCACGCCAACAUGCCACCAUCUGAAUGGGCGCCUUUGUGGCCGCCUGCAAAAGUCACCUGUUAAAACAACGACUCCUUAAACAGUGUGCUUUUUCCAUUUAUUUCAUAUACCCUUUUAAGAUCAGGCCUAUUUUGUAGAAAACACGCACAAAAUACCCUUUUUUACAUUCAUUUUGUGGCUAAUCACAUCCUUUUGAAAGCUUAUGCUCGAGGACAGGGUAGCUCUUGGUUUAAAAGUUACUUUUCCCCGCUGGGUUAAUUCCUUACUUUCUUUAGUCCGCUUAAGCAAAAGUUGAAAGCCAAGGUAACAUUUGUCUCAGCGAUGCCUAGACAAUUCUCCGGAGUGAUCUCGCACCGAGGGUGGAAUGUUGCUGUUUUAUUUUUUUAAAUGCUCAACCGACUCACGUUUUAGAAGGUUCUUUCAGGUGGUAAAUCAUGCUCGAAAAAGAUCCACAAAGCGUCUUUCAUUUUCGCUCAUUCGCCUUCUGUUGUCAAGUAAUUCGUUUACUAAAUUGAUAUCAACUUCGCCACAAAAUGGCUGAUCUUUGAAAGUUUUUCAGGGAGAUUAAAAAGAGUUCAUGACUCUUGGUGAAGGGCUUUAGAGACACUUUCCCCCACUGUAGUAGUAAAUCGUCAAUCAAAAGUAGGAAGACUUUUCAUAGUCUAUAGCCAAUAUUUAUUUACAAACUGACAGCCUGGUGGGAUUAUACUGCAUGAUAAUCAAUAUUACAACCCUAUCUAAGUAAUCCUUUCCAAGCAAGACAAUAUUUUCAGAAUUUCACUUAAUAAGUACGUCAUCUACUGUAUGAACCGGGCUAGUGUUUUUUUUUCCGUAAGGUAAUUUGUCCCCAAACAACAGCAACUGAAGGAUGCUUCUCCUUUGCAGGUCUUCCUCUGGAAGACGAACUUCGACCAGGUCGAUGGUCGCGACUCCGUCCUCCUGACUACGCGUGUGAGGCAGUCGGUUCUGCGGGAGCACCAGCCAAAUGAGACCUACUGCAGCCAACGCUACGGCGCCGGCGACGCGGCCUGCGACUCCAUGCCGCAGGUACCGCCAUUUUCGUCCGCUCAGAGCCAUGUCACCAGCGCUGAGGAGACCCUCCUACUGGGUGGUGGUGGUGGUGGUGAAGCGCAGAGUCAGAAUCAACCGUACCGGGAACGUCCGAGCCAGAAGAUUAUCCAGUACCGGGAGAUGACGCCCAGCAUGCAGGUCAUUGACUCCUCUCAACCUGCACCGCCGCCGCCGCCAUCAGACGUCCCGGCUUCCUCUUCUUCCACAAAGGUACCUUUUCUCCCCCAUCCCCCCGAGGCGCAAGGGUAGAGAGCCCCUUUUUGUCGCUGAAUCUGGAUUAGCCGGCUCACUACAUUCAAACAAACCUGCGUGGCUAGGCGUUGUAUCGUGAGUUGGACGGCGGCAGAGGGUAAGUACAGGUCAGAUGAGUUGUCGUCAGCAAGGAGUGGGUUCCAGGCGGGGGCGGCAGUGUGCGUGAACGUCCACCGUGAUUAGCUAGAUGAACUUACAGCUAAUUAGAAAAGGAAGAGGCGGUGGCCGAAACGAGAAUUUUAUUGGCUAGGUCGCAGUUGGUAGCCAGGAAUUGGGAAGCGGAGGGCGACCUUAACCCUAACCUGAACCUUAAACGUUAACCGUUAACCCUAACGGCAACCCUAACCCUAACCGUAGCCCUUAGACAUAGCCGUAACUGAAAAACCUAAUCGUAAUACUGAAGCCUAAUCGUACGCUCAAACCCUUACCGUAACCCGAAAACCUAAACCUAAAUGGCAUAGCCCUAACCCAAAAAUCGGAAACCAUUAACCGGUACCCUAAUCCUAACCUCAAAUGUAAAACGGAGGCCAAAUGGGUCAGAUGGGGUUAUGGAAUCCCACAAAAUAGCCCCAGUAAACAACCCCUCCCCCCAGCCACCUGUAAUACGGGGCCUGGCCUCCAACUGCGAUCUAGCCAUUUAAUUCGUCUGACGUUUCCCAUUCACGCCCGCACCGAUCAUCAGAGACAGCACAUCAGGCAAGGGUGACGAAUAAAAUUGCCGCAAUUAAUGACUCAACUGGGGGAAAUUAAGCCAUUAUGACGCUAUUGUCAACCAGCGGUGGUGGAUUCGAGAGUCGCUAAUUGGAGCAGAGGUAUAGCAACUGCAACCCCUAUGUGCCACCUCUGAUGAUGGAUUGCGGCGUGAAUCCGAAACGUCAGACGAAUCAAACUCUUGUUCCAGCGGUCGAAUCUUCUCUCACCACCUUCCUGAAACUCGCAUUUUCAAUUGUAUCGAACGUCCUUCUAAUUUCAAGAUGAUGUAGCCCGAGUUAAUUCCUAAGUGAAGCUAUGAUGGCUUUUGACUGGACGGACAUGUACGUUACGCCUCUGGCAAAAUCACAACUUAAGUGACGUGCAAAUUUCAUGUAAAAGGUGCACAAACAUUCGUUUUUCGCAAUCACAAUGAGAAAUUACAUUUGGUACUCUGGGAUGGUGGGGCUUGUUGUCUUCACGUUAGUUCAUACAGCUGACAGAGUGUGCAACGUUAUAUGUCCUUGCUUUACUUAACCAAACUGUGAAAAAGUUGGCGACCUCGGUGGGAUUCGAACCCACGACACGAAGAGGCAGGUUCGGAUCCCACCACGGUCGUCGAGUUUUCCGCAGUUAGGUCAAACUGGAUUCUUCGAAACCUGCCAAAACAUCUGUUAAUAUCCUUGUUUCAGUAUUCACAGGCUACCAGAAAGCUUGUUUAUAAGGACACGUAGGGCUGUGCGAAUUUUCUUCGGGGAAACAUGUUGAAUGCGAUUAAGACACCGUGGUUCAGUUCAGUUCAGUUCAGUUUAUUUGAGGGAAAUAUAGGUGUUAAAACCUUUCAACUCCCUAUUUGUUACAAGGAGGCGAACAAUAAAAAAAAAAUUUGAAAAUUGAAACAUCAAACGGCUACAGAGUUUCUUCAGAUUGGCAACGUUUUGUAAGCCAGACAGAUAAACGAAUUGUUCCAAAAAUUAAAAACAUUAACGUUACUAAAUGUGCUGUACAGUAGUCUGUCUAGGGAUAGUUGGUGCUAUCUCAGUUUCGGAGGGAGACGAAUUGAAUGCCAACACACAUUUAACAGACAUGGGACAAUAUUAAAAAAACAAACGUUACUGAAAUAUAGGAAGUAAUAUAACAACAUUAAUAAACUGUUCGAACGAAAUGCUAGACAAUCUGUCAGGUGGCAUUGUGACGAUUGGUGGCAAUCUGGUCCAAGUUGCGCUUAAAAGCCUCGACGGAGGUGGACAUGACGACACCUGCAGGCAGAGCAUUCCAGGCCUCGAUCACUCUGUUUGAAAAGAAGAACUUCCGAGUGUCCAGCUUGGCGCCAGUUACUCGUAGUUUAAGUGGAUGACCUCGGAGGUUCGUUGUGGUCGCUAACUCAAAGAAAUCAGUAGGUACGAGACAGCAGUCCUGGCCGCGCAGUAUACGGAAUGUUUGUAUAAGGUCGCCUCUUAGCUGUCUGUAACUCAGUGGAAAGAGACCGAGAUUGGACAAUCGGGUUUCAUAGGGUAGUGAACCCUGUCCACCUACGAGUUUGGUUGCCCGCCUCUGAACUUUCUCGAGGAUGCUGAGAUCUUUAGAGGUCCACGGUUUCCACGCCUGAAUGGCGAACUCUAGCUGUGGCCGUACGAAAGUCCGAAAGACUUUAACGAAGCAGUCCUCAUCGAAGGUAGAGAAAGCUCUCUUGACAAGAUAAAGGACUGACAUCGCAGACUUGGCUACCUUGGAGCAGUGAAGCGACGGUUUUAGAGAAGCCGUUACCCACACCCCAAGUCUUUCUGGGCGUCUACCUCCUGCAAUGGUACGCCGUUUAGGUGGUAAACCCUCCGGUUCAGAGAUCGUGUCCUGCCGACUCGCAGGACAUUACACUUAGUCACAUUAGACGGCAACAGCCAGUCCUGUGACCACUUCUCGAGUCGGGUCAGGUCUGCCUGCAAGCGCUCUUCGUCAAAUUCAGUUCGGAUGACGCUCCAAAGUUUAACAUCAUCAGCGAACGUGGCGACAUCACAAUUCAGUUCGCUGACGCAGUCGUUGACGUAUAUAAUGAAUAGGGUAGGGCCAAGAACGGAGCCUUGUGGAACACCGCUUUCAACCGCUACCUCCGCCGACUGCCUGUCACCGACGUGGACGAUUUGAGAGCGACCGAUCAAGAAACUUUGUAUCCACCUCAGGAGAUUACCCCUCAGGCCUGUUCGGUUUAGUGGCAAUUGAAAAUGCAGAUUGUGUUUCAGAAUAUGCAGAAAUGCUGUAUAGAAACCGUGACGCGCCUAGCCUAUUGUUUCCUGCCGAGGGUUUCUGAGAGCAUAUUUUUGACCUAAAAUGGCGCUUUUUGAGUUGGGCUGUUAUGUGAAAAGCUGCCAGGGCGUACUGUAGGUCCUGUCAAGAGGUCUUUGUGUGGUAGUGGGGCGCUCACCGAUCGUUCUUUUAUGGAACCCACUCGUCCCGUUGUGUCCUGGGCUCUCAUUCACGCGCCGCAUGCAGCCGCACACCAGCGCAUGAUAUAGGCAGAAUGGCAUUACCUACUAAGACAAGAGAGACUGGAGUGACCCUUUCUGGCUCAUUGGCCAUCGUCAGUCAGUCGUACCCAACCCCGAGGUAUGCAACCCCUGAGGCGCGAACUCGCAGGAAUUCGAAAUUCCACGAUCGAGCCGUUAUUAAGUAGGAAACUGUUUAGCGGGCGUUUUCUUAUUUUAUUAGGAGUAUAGUUAUUGUAGGUCCUCUUUCUGGAAGAGCAUUUACUUCCGCGAAGGGGUCUUAUCAUCAGGUAAGUCCAGAAAGUCGACCCAGGCGGUUAUAUGUCGAAAGGACUUUGCGAGAGGGCAAACUGAGUCGACUGCAACCUUCAAGAAAUGUCGACAGUUAGUGUUUCGGACAGCCAUCAGAUUCGAAGAGAGGCCAGUCUGACGGUCGACAACAGAAACCACCAACAGCACUAUGUUUAUCCACCUUGUGAAGGAUGUCUUCAGUUACAACGGCAUUCACCCACCUGAAUGAGCACCAUAAUUUUACGCGAUAACAAUCCUGUUCAUCAUUCUAAAGAAGUAUAAAUCCGUGGCCGCUUGCAACUACAAUCACACUUUCUAGACAACAGUUGGCCUCUCCGCAUGCGGCUUCCAAAUUAUUUCUGUUCUUACCGACAGUCCAGAGUUUAACCAUAGCAAAAAUCUUUCUACACUUAUUCAAAGAAAGCGGCACAGGACAAAAAAGAGUUUUUUAAUUCAAGAAAAGCUUGAUUUUGUGGUGCUUAAUAGUCACAUUGGACAAUUCACUUCAGGCAGCUUGGCUGUCCCCAAGUUUGAUAGACUGUAUGCUGUGUCGAAUGCAUACGGACUGUCAAGAAAGUACUAAUCCUUUGUACUUGUUAUUGUUCUUUCUAUUAAUUUCUUCUUUCCAUGCGCCCUUAGGGUUGGCCUUAUUUUCGGGAUUUGUAGUAUAGUCUUCUUUUGGAGUUCUAGUUUUCGGUGAAAACUAACUAUGGUUGAAGGGUACUCACCGCUCAUGUUACGGAAGUCACUCGUCGCGUUGUGCCUUGGGGCUCUCUCCCUUUUGAGCCAGCAGCCGCACAGCAGCGCAUGAUAUAGGCAGGAUGACAUUACAGAUAAAGACAAGGGAGACUGGAAUGGCCAUUUCUGGCUUACUAGCCAUCGUCAGCCAGUUAUACCCAACCCCGAGGUAUGCAACACCCGAGGCUCGAACUCGCGACCUGUUAGUUAGAAGUCCAACGCCCUAACGGGACGAGCGAGUUCCGUAACGCGAUCGGUGCGCGCCCCCCGACCAUUGUUAAUAUACCCGAUCGGAAGCAGCAGAACAACGAGCCCGUAGCUCAGUGGUUAGGUCGUUGGACUUCUGACCAACAGGUCGCGACUUCGAUCCGCGGGGUUUGCAUACCUCGACGUUGGUUAUCACUGACUGAUGAUGGUUAACAAGCCAGAAAUGUCCAUUCCAGUCUCCCUUGUAUUUGUCAGUAGUGCUAUUUCGGUCUUUUGUGUCUGUGCAAGACUGCCUAGGUUCUGGGUCCACUGGGUCUGGCACAGUCUCCGUCCCUGCAUGCCAAAACACGAUUUACCCUCCAAGCAUAACUAAAUGACUAUGGUGGGAAUGAUGUUCACCAAUCAGGUUACAGAACGGCCUCGUCUCGUUUUGCCUUGGGAGCUCAGUCUUUGGCUACGAGCGUUGAAUAGUUCAACGCUCUCCCCUUGAACCAAAGGUCGUUAUCCUGAAUAACAUUUUGUGCGCACUCACAAAGAUUGUCGGGAGCGCCAAAUACUCUCGCCCAAUUUUGUCCGCCAUUCGAGGUGGUUACUGGGGUUGCUUAGUCGAGGCGCUCAGCACAACUGAGUGGAGUCACAUACGUGAACUGGAUAUCGGAUAGGGUCAAAGUAGGACUCCGGCAUGAUUGGUGGUCCGGCAAUUGUAUAACCCCCCCCCCUCCCCCCAACGAUGCUGCACACAUCACAUAAAUGUAUUCGUCAUUUAGGCCUAGAGAAAAGGUUUGCUUUAUAAUUUUAAGCCAUGUUUCUCAAUCUCUCUCUCUCCCUCUCUCCAAAAUGCCUUCUUUCUGACACCCCCUUGCCCAGGAGAAUGACAGGACCAAGUCCCAAUCGGACCACCUUUCUAAUCAAACACCUUGCUUGGCGACAACCUUAGAAAACAUCCUAACACAACUGAACAUCCUAACUCAGGUAUGUUUUUUUCGCCUAAUUUACAUUCGAUCACCUCCACGGACGUCGGUGGUACAGUAGUUCUAUCCUGUUAGGAACCCGUGAUCACACACUCCUCCAUGAGGCGUAUUCAGUACACAUUGCAUAAACUGCGUACUAUAUGUAUAUGAGUAGUGUGUACUUUUCUGAUAAUUAAGUGGCCUGAAACGCAAACACAUUUGAAAGCGCAAUGCCAACUGGAGUGCGUGCUGGUGAGCGGGAGUGUGGGAGACAAACCUUCCAUUCCUUACUACGAAUAUUUCAGUUUUUCAGUCUCCUCACGUUUCGGGGACCUCCUUAACAUCCUCAUUCGUCAUUCUUAAACCUCUAAUUCAGAGGAUUUCCGACACUCCAUACCUCUGCCCCAGUAAGGGGAGAUUUUAGAGGCUCCCUCAGAGCAACUGACAGCUUUUUGGGAAUCGCCUAUUCGACUGCUGACUUUGUUCUCCGCAGUCGUUAUCCUCACGAGGUUGCCUUUUGAAAAUUGGGACUUCCACAGAACACUGUGAGGUAUACAGUAAAGACUCUGGCUGUAAACGGAAUGAGGCGGAUUUGAAGGCGCAGGAUAGUGCCGUUCACUCGACUGUCGGACAAACCCUCAAAAAUCGGUCUCCUAACGAAGAACAAUCGAUGAUCGAUUAGUGGUUUAGACUGGCUUAUAGCUACCUCUCUCUCCCUUUACAUAGCCCUCAGACCGUCUAUAAUAAGGAUUUUUUACACUAUGCUAUUUUCCAACAAUUGUAUUACAUAAGAUUCCUAUAAGUUAAACGUCCUCUUUCGAUAUCCUGGUGAUUCAUACCUACCCCUUAGCAGGGGUAGAAAUGCAGUGUGUUAGAUUCAAAAUUCACACCUACUUUCUUCUACUCAGCUGUUGUUCUUACGCUUUGCUGGUUCAUGAAUCCUUUUUCCUACCCCUUACUGCUCUUAGUGUCCUGAUUUGUUAAAAAACGCAAUAUCUGCAUAGUCAGAAGCACAUGAAAAGACCGGCUCCACUCUGGCCCUCUUCCCUCCAAACAAGCCAGCGAUGAGGUUGGGCACAAUGUCUGCCGUGACGUGAAGGGCUUCGUUUACAUGUACCACGGUCCACGCAGAUCAACCACAACUAAACCAGCGCCUACCGUGACCCAACGUUGCCAUCCCCUUUUAAUCAACAACCAAUUACCAUUUUUGGGGAACGGGAAGGUAGCUAUAAGUCAGUCCAAUCGGCAAGCCUUACUGACAUAGACAGGAAAGGAGAGAGAGAGACCAGAAUGGGUAUUUAUAGCAUGUUCGACGUUGAAAGCUAGCUUAGCCCUAAACCGAGACAGGUAAGACACAAAUUUUGUUCCCUGCUAGCCCUUGAGCCUACUGAUUUCCCAGUUGAUCCAGUGGCCCGGCGUGAGAUUGAGUUAUGACCGCCUGAUGGGGACAGAGAAGUCAAAAAUAGCCAAUUAAUUUUUUGGCGUUCUUUUAUGUCUAUCCUGCUCCAUGAAGGGUCUUUCACAAAAACGUUUCCCCUCCACCUACCCCCACUGUUUGUCUGAAGACACCGGCAAACCGGAAUAACAAACUAAUUAUGUUGGGCUUCAUCUGCAACAUGCGUAAUUUCCAGAUAGCUCAUUAGGUUGCAGUUUACUUGUAUCUCACCCCUUUUAUUUUCCCCCUAAACAGACUGUCUCCAUUCUGGAACAGCGUCUCACCAUGGUGGAAGACAAGAGUGGAGGCAAGUGA